AGUGACAUGAAAGCAAUGGCAGGAGCUGAGGCAAUUUCCAAACUGAUAGUUACGUGAGUAGUUGAUAGUGGAUGCUCUCGACACCACAGAGUUUCAUCCCACAACAGCAGUUAAUUGGAUGUGUCUCCAGUUUUUGUUGCAUUAAUGACGGCAUUGAAGAAACAUACGUGACGUUUUGUUGGUUUGAAUAUCAACUCCGGCGAUGUGAAUGACGGAAGCAAUUGCUUGACAGUGUUGUGCAUCCAACGUGAAUUGUUAGAUGUGCUGUGUGGACUGUGGAGUCUAUGAAGCUGUCGUCAAUAAAGUUUGAAGACGUGCAGUUUUGUGACAAAAUAGGAUUACAAUGGAAGAAAGAAUUACUCCAGCUCCAAAAGGCAAAGCAAGAUGCCGUAAAAGUAAUCCUGCUUUAUGGAAGAAAACCAAGGAAAAAUAUAAAAGGCAUGGGCCAAUGGAACCACCACAAUAUCCAUAAUGGACCAACGUACAAAUGCAGGAAAUUAAGGAUGUUAGGCAUUCAACAGUUCCAUAAGAACUUCUACAGCUCUCCCAAUAAAAUUGAGCUAGACACUUUUAUGCUGAAAUAUCUGAGAGCAGAAAAGUCUGAAAGAGACACACUCAAAAGAAGGUAGCAGUAGGAAGAGCGUUGCUAUUGAGUAUUUCGUUAAACUUGCUAAUACCGAUAAAUUUCAAGUAAAAGUGUGCCAAAAAACAAUUCUCAAUAUUUUACAUGUGAGUAAAGAUAGAAUUCAGAGAAUUGCCAGAAAUCACUACCAAACUGGUGAAAUGCCUAAAGAGAAAAGAGGUGGUGCUAGAGACAGGCCACAGUACGAUGCAAAGAGACAAUCUGUAAAGUCUUCUAUUGAACGUUCGAAGUGCUGUGAAAGUCACUAUUGUUGAGGAAAAUCGUUGCAAAGAAAAUAUCUUCCCGGAAACUUUAGUAUUGCAAAGUUACACUUGAUUUAUAAUGCAGAGGUUUGUCAUGAGAGUGAAGCGAUGGUUCUUUCGCAACAUUCACAACAGGUUACAACAUCGGUUUUGGUU